AUUCUGGUGGACAACAUGUUGAUUAAGGGGACUGCUGGAGGACCAGACCCCACCAUAGAACUCUCUUUAAAGGACAACGUGGACUACUGGGUGUUGCUGGACCCCGUUAAACAGAUGCUUUUCCUGAACAGUACCGGAAGAGUUCUGGAUCGAGACCCACCAAUGAACAUACACUCCAUCGUGGUGCAAGUCCAGUGCGUCAACAAGAAGGUCGGCACUGUUAUCUAUCACGAAGUACGCAUCGUAGUGAGAGACAGGAACGACAACGCACCCACGUUCAAGCACGAAAGCUACUACGCUACGGUGAAUGAGCUCACUCCAGUUGGCACCACAAUAUUCACAGGGUUUUCAGGAGACAAUGGAGCUACAGACAUAGAUGACGGCCCUAAUGGACAGAUAGAAUAUGUCAUUCAGUAUAACCCAGAAGAUCCGACAUCCAACGACACCUUUGAGAUUCCGCUCAUGUUGACCGGAAACGUGGUGCUGAGGAAACGUCUCAACUACGAGGAUAAGACCCGCUACUACGUCAUCAUCCAAGCUAAUGACCGUGCGCAAAAUCUGAACGAGAGGCGAACGACCACCACCACCCUCACGGUGGACAUUCUAGAUGGAGAUGACCUGGGACCAAUGUUCCUGCCCUGUAUUCUUGUGCCAAACACCCGUGACUGCCGUCCACUCACCUACCAAGCUGCCAUUCCUGAACUGAGGACGCCGGAAGAACUGAACCCUAUUUUGGUGACCCCACCUAUCCAAGCCAUUGAUCAGGACCGAAACAUCCAACCACCAUCAGAUCGACCUGGCAUCCUCUACUCCAUCCUUGUCGGCACCCCUGAGGACUACCCACGCUUUUUCCACAUGCAUCCCAGGACUGCAGAACUCACCCUUCUGGAGCCAGUAAACAGAGACUUCCAUCAGAAAUUUGAUUUGGUUAUUAAGGCUGAACAGGACAACGGGCACCCGCUUCCUGCCUUUGCUAGUCUACACAUCGAAAUUCUGGAUGAAAACAAUCAGAGCCCAUAUUUCACAAUGCCCAGCUACCAAGGAUACAUCCUGGAAUCUGCCCCAGUUGGAGCCACCAUUUCUGAGAGCCUAAACUUAACCACCCCUCUGAGAAUUGUAGCCCUGGACAAAGACAUAGAAGACGUACCACCUGGUGGAGUUCCUACAAAAGAUCCAGAACUCCACCUUUUUCUGAAUGAUUAUACCUCAGUCUUCACUGUUACACCCACUGGCAUCACCCGCUACCUUACCCUCCUUCAACCUGUGGACAGAGAGGAACAGCAAACCUACACAUUUCUGAUAACAGCAUUCGAUGGUGUGCAAGAAAGUGAACCAGUCGUGGUCAAUAUUCGCGUGAUGGAUGCAAAUGACAACACUCCCACCUUCCCCGAAAUCUCCUAUGAUGUCUACGUUUACACAGACAUGAGCCCUGGGGACAGUGUCAUUCAGCUGACAGCAGUAGACGCUGAUGAAGGCUCUAACGGGGAGAUCUCCUAUGAAAUACUGGUGGGAGCCCAGGGAGACUUCGUGAUCAACAGGACCACGGGGCUGGUGAGCAUUGCGCCAGGAGUGGAGUUGAUCGUGGGACGGACAUAUGCACUUACAGUGCAGGCCUCGGACAACGCCCCGCCUGCAGAGAGAAGGCACUCCAUCUGUACCGUGUACAUCGAGGUCCUGCCUCCCAACAACCAGAGCCCUCCCCGCUUCCCACAGCUGAUGUACAGUCUGGAAGUCAGUGAAGCCAUGAGGAUCGGGGCUGUGUUGUUAAAUCUCCAGGCAACAGAUCGGGAAGGAGACCCCAUCACAUACGCCAUCGAGAACGGAGACCCUCAGCGAGUCUUUAAUCUUUCAGAAACCACUGGGAUUCUCACUCUAGGGAAGGCGCUAGACAGGGAGAGCACAGACCGUUACAUCCUCAUUGUCACAGCCUCGGAUGGCAGACCAGAUGGGACCUCAACUGCCACUGUGAACGUGGUGGUGACAGAUGUCAAUGACAAUGCCCCUGUGUUCGAUCCCUAUCUGCCCAGGAAUCUCUCCGUGGUAGAGGAGGAGGCCAAUGCCUUCGUGGGCCAAGUGAGGGCAACAGACCCAGAUGCUGGGAUAAAUGGCCAAGUGCACUACAGCCUGGGGAACUUCAACAACCUUUUCCGCAUCACAUCCAAUGGCAGCAUUUACACAUCAGUGAAGCUGAACAGGGAAGCCAGGGACCACUACGAACUGGUUGUUGUGGCAACGGACGGAGCAGUGCACCCUCGGCAUUCAACCCUGACACUGUACAUCAAGGUGUUGGACAUUGAUGAUAACAGUCCUGUUUUUACCAACUCAACGUACACAGUCGUUGUCGAAGAGAAUCUGCCAGCGGGGACCACUUUCCUUCAGAUAGAGGCCAAGGAUGUCGAUCUUGGAGCAAAUGUGUCAUAUCGGAUCAGGAGCCCGGAAGUGAAGCACCUUUUCGCACUGCACCCAUUUAGUGGAGAACUGUCCCUUUUGAGGAGUUUGGAUUAUGAAGCCUUUCCCGACCAGGAAGCAAGCAUUACAUUCCUGGUGGAGGCCUUCGAUAUUUACGGGACAAUGCCACCUGGUAUAGCGACAGUCACAGUUAUUGUGAAGGAUAUGAAUGACUACCCUCCAGUGUUUAGCAAGCGCAUCUACAAGGGCAUGGUGGCUCCAGAUGCAGUCAAGGGGACACCAAUCACCACCGUUUAUGCUGAAGAUGCAGACCCUCCUGGCUUGCCUGCCAGCCGGGUGAGGUAUAGAGUGGAUGAUGUGCAGUUUCCAUACCCUGCCAGUAUUUUUGAUGUAGAAGAAGAUUCUGGAAGAGUAAUAACUCGUGUCAAUCUUAAUGAAGAGCCUACAACAAUUUUUAAGCUGGUGGUGGUGGCUUUUGAUGAUGGCGAGCCUGUGAUGUCCAGCAGUGCCACGGUGAGAAUUCUCGUCUUACACCCUGGAGAGAUCCCACGCUUUACCCAGGAGGAAUAUAGACCUCCUCCUGUAAGCGAGCUUGCUGCCAGAGGGACUGUAGUUGGUGUCAUUUCUGCUGCCGCCAUCAAUCAGAGCAUCGUGUACUCCAUUGUGGCAGGAAACGAGGAAGAUAAGUUUGGGAUCAACAAUGUCACGGGUGUCAUCUACGUGAACUCACCUCUGGAUUAUGAGACAAGGACUAGCUAUGUGCUUCGCGUGCAGGCGGACUCUCUGGAAGUGGUCCUCGCCAAUCUCCGAGUCCCUUCCAAAAGCAAUACAGCCAAAGUGUACAUUGAGAUUCAGGAUGAAAACGAUCAUCCUCCAGUGUUUCAGAAGAAAUUCUACAUUGGAGGUGUGUCUGAAGACGCAAGGAUGUUUGCAUCUGUGCUCAGAGUGAAGGCCACAGACAGGGACACAGGAAACUAUAGCGCCAUGGCCUAUAGGCUCAUCAUACCACCGAUUAAAGAGGGCAAAGAGGGAUUCGUGGUGGAAGCAUACACAGGGCUCAUCAAGACAGCCAUGCUCUUCCACAAUAUGAGGCGAUCCUACUUCAAGUUUCAAGUGAUCGCAACUGAUGACUACGGGAAGGGGUUGAGCGGGAAAGCUGAUGUACUGGUUUCAGUGGUCAAUCAACUGGAUAUGCAGGUCAUUGUCUCCAAUGUGCCCCCUACGCUGGUGGAGAAGAAGAUCGAAGAUCUUACAGAGAUCUUGGAUCGCUAUGUUCAGGAGCAAAUUCCCGGUGCCAAGGUUGUGGUGGAGUCCAUAGGUGCCCGUCGCCAUGGAGACGCCUUCUCCCUAGAAGACUAUAGCAAGUGUGACCUGACUGUCUAUGCCAUCGACCCUCAGACCAACAGAGCCAUUGACAGAAACGAGCUUUUUAAAUUCCUGGAUGGCAAACUGCUUGAUAUCAAUAAAGACUUUCAGCCUUAUUACGGCGAAGGAGGGCGCAUUCUGGAGAUCCGGACUCCGGAGGCAGUGACAAGCAUCAAGAAGCGAGGAGAAAGCUUGGGGUACACAGAGGGGGCCUUGCUGGCCUUGGCCUUCAUCAUCAUCCUGUGCUGCAUCCCAGCCGUUUUGGUUGUCUUAGUGAGCUACCGACAACGCCAGGCUGAGUGCACGAAGACUGCCAGGAUCCAGUCUGCCAUGCCAGCAGCCAAACCUGCAGCUCCUGUACCCGCUGCACCCCCGCCACCCCCACCGCCACCCCCAGGAGCACAUCUCUAUGAGGAGCUGGGAGAGAGCACCAUGCAUAAGUAUGAAAUGCCCCAGUAUGGGAGUCGCCGCCGGCUGCUCCCACCUGCUGGACCAGAGGAGUACGGUGAAGUGGCUGAAGAAGAAUAUGAAGAGGAAGAGGAAGAGCCAGAGAAAGUUAAAAAGCCCAAAGUUGAGAUUAGAGAACCUAGCGAGGAAGAGGUGGCCGUCACUGUUGAGAAGCCACCAGCAGCUGAGCCCUCAUACCCAGCGUGGAAGAGAGCCAGGAUUUUCCCAAUGAUUUUUAAGAAAGUCAGAGGUCUCGCUGAGAAAAGAGGCAUUGACCUUGAGGGUGAGGAGUGGAGACGGCGCCUUGAGGAAGAAGACAAAGACUACCUCCAACUAACUUUAGACCAGGAGGAAGCUACAGAAAGCACCGUGGAAUCGGAGGAGGAGUCCAGCGACUACACGGAGUACACAGAAACAGAAUCCGAGUUCAGUGAGUCCGAGACCACUGAAGAAUCGGAGUCGGAGACUCCGUCUGAGGAAGCGGAGGAAAGCUCUACCCCUGAGUCAGAGGAAUCUGAGUCCACUGAGUCAGAAGGCGAGAAGGCAAGGAAAAACAUCGUGCUGGCUAGAAGGCGGCCCGUGGUAGAGGAAGUACAGGCAGUGAAAGGCAAGAGAGAGGAGCCACCUGUGGAGCAGGAAGAAGAGCCUCCAGCGGAGGAGGAGGAACAGCUGGAGGAAGGAGAAGAAAGUGAACCAGCUCCCAUAGAUGAGUCCACAGACCUGGAGGCUCAAGACGUCCCUGAGGAGGGCAGUGCAGAAUCCGCCUCCAUGGAAAAGGGCGUGGAAAGCGAGGAGUCCGAGUCAGAACUGAGCACUAGCAGCAGUACUAGUGAAAGUCUCUCCGGAGGCCCCUGGGGCUUCCAGGUGCCAGAAUACGACAGAAGGAAGGAUGCAGACCCAAAGAAAUCUCCGGGGGCAAACUCGGAAGGUUACAACACAGCCCUUUAG